AUGAUUUCGAAUCCAAAUCUCAUUUACCAUGCCUGCAUUGCCCAUAAAACCACAAUUAUCGGCGAGUUCUCCAAAGAACCCGGUCUCGGAGCCUUGGCUCAGCAAUGUAUCGAGAUAACCCCACCUCACCAUUCCAUGUACACUCACACGGUGAGAAAAAGAACCUACACCUUCUUAAUCCAUGACCCUUUUGUCUAUUUUGCUAUAUUCGAUGAUGAUCUUGAUCAGUCCGAGGCUCUUUCCUUCUUAAACCGCUUAAAAUGCGAUUUUGAGGAGGCUAAUGGAAGUGGGUCGAUAUUGGUUCGUGAUAAUUAUGCCUCCCAUUGCUUCCAAGCUCAGUUUGAUUCGAUUAUCCGAAAAAUAAUGGCCUCGGACUUGGAGUUGCCCAAUUCUCCUCCAGCCAGUCGAAAUCUCAGCUUGAGUUCGAGCAAAGGGAAGAAAUUGGUCUUGACACCGCUGCUUGGGAAGAAGACCAGCGAAGGGUUGAAGAAGAAGAAGAGAUUGUCUGGGGAGCUUAAUGGGGAUGUUGGCAAAGAUGUGACCACAAUGGAGAAGAAGGUGGAUGUUUGUGAUGACGUUAAUGGUGGGUUUAGAGAUUUUUCAUUGCAAACACAAAAGAAUGGUCCUUUGCUUUCAGGGGAUUCAAGUGCAUUGACAGUUGAAUUGGCUGAUUUGGAAGGUUGUGGCGUCUUCUUGGGAGAUGUUUCAGUGGUGUAUUGUGUUUUUGCUAUACUUUGA